AUGGCGACCCGCUCCGUCCCCAACCUCAGUCUGGAAGCCGCGCAGAUAGCCACCCGCGCCGCCCAGGAACAGGCCCAAUCGAUGGGCAUCGAUUUCAAUAUUGCCGUCGUGGACGCUUCGCUGUACCUGUUGCAUUUCGUGCGGAUGCCGAAUGUGAGUUCGCCUCCUCGUCCAUUUUUUCCCUCGUUUUCCCCCCUCUUAUGACUGGAUACUUGUUUAAAUUUGUUGUUGUUUUCGCUCGCUGAAGCCUUUUCUUUUUUUUUUUUUUUUUUUAUGGGAAUGGAUGGUUGUUUGUUUAUUUAUCUACUUAUUUAUUUACUAAAUUAUCAGGCAAAACUCACAUCCAUCGACAUCGCCAUCAACAAGGCCUUCACGGCCGCGGGCCACCGCGUGCCCACGACGACGUACACGCAGACGACGAAGAAUUUCCUGCCGGGCGGACCGGGGUAUUCGAUUCACAACAGUAAUGGGGGACGGUUUACGCUGAUUGGAGGCGGGGUGCCGAUUGAGGUGGAGGGGCGGGUGGUGGGUGCGAUUGGGGUGAGUACGGGGACGCCGGCGCAGGAUGGGGAGGUUGCGCAGGCGGGGGUGGAUGCGUUGAUGGCUUGGGUGAGGAGGAAGCAAGGGAGUAAACUGUGA